AUGACAACCGACAUAUCCGAGAUUGAGGACGUGAGGAGAGAGGCGAUUCGCAAGCGCGUUCUCGCUGAAGAAUGGGCCGGGUCGGCGCUGAAGGAUUUAGGAAAAGCCGUCGCGCAACUGCACGCCCAGACCCCUUCUGCAAGCAAUUAUUCGCAAUACGUCGCCCUCGCAGAGAAAAUUCUCUCUCUAUGUGAUCAGGUCAGCGUUGCGACGGACGUCGCCGCGUCUUUAAUUCGCGCCGCGGGAAAUGAACGCUUCGAGCUCGCCGAAGAUGUGGCAAAAAUUGAGGCUGCAGUCAGCCGUGAGGAAAUUGAAGUUGAACGUCUUCACAAGGUUCUUGCCCGCGAACGCUUACAGGCAGGGAGGAGAAAGCAGUACGAGACGAUUGCGAGUGUUUCGUUGAGGGAGCCGGGGCUGCUGCAGUCGCAGCAGCAGUUGGAUCAGGCAAAUAAGGAGCUCGCAGAAGUCGAACACGAGAUUGCUAAAAUCGAAGAGACAAAGGACGCAAUGUCGAGAGAGUUGAGCUUGUUUUUGCAUUGCGCUUCUCAUUUGGACUCGUUUUCCACUCAGUUUGCAACGCUUCUUGUCGAGGAAGAAGGUGAGCUCGCCAUGGAUAUCUCCUCUUGA